AUGGUUAAAGCAUAUUUAAACUAUGAGCAUGCUGCUGCCUUUGGCUUGACGGCGACGCCUACAUCCAAUGUGCAGAUUCUGCCGGGUGUGGGGCCGCGCUACAGCAGCAGCAGCAGCAGCAGCAGCAGCAGCAGCAGCAGCAGCAGCAGCAGGACGGAUUUAGUUUGGUGCUGCUGCGGCAGUGCUGCGGUGCUGUGGCAUACGCAGCAGCAGCAGCAGCUGCUGGUGCUGCAGCCCCCUCCUGUUGUUAGCCCUGAGGGAGAGGUUGAGGUGUAUAGGCAGCGUGCUACAGUUGUUGCUGCAGCAGCAGCAGCAGCUGCUGUUGCUGUUGGGUACAGCGAUGGAAGUGUGCGUGUGUGGUCCUUUGACGUUACUGCUGCUGCUGUUGCUGCACUGCAGCAGCAGCAGCAGCAGCAACCCAUACCCCCACCCCGUCUCGUGCUGCAGGGUCACCGCGGCGCAGUAAACGCCUUGCAGUGGGCCUGCAGCAGCAGCAGCAGCAGCAGCAGCAGCACCACAACCAGCAGCAGCAGCAGCAGCACCGACAGCAGCAGCAGCAGCAGCAGCAGCAGCAGCGAGGACUUGCUGCUCUCGGGGGGAGCUGAUGGAGAUGUUAUUGUAUGGGAUACAGAAAGCGGCAGCGGCCGCUGCCGGCUGCGGGGCCACACGCAGCCGGUGACUGCGUUGCUGCCUAUACACCCCAGCGCUGCUGCAGCAGCAGCAGCAGCAGCAGCAGCAGCAGGAGCAGAAGCAGCUGCUGCUGCUGCUGCAGCUCCUGAUGCUGCUGCUGAGAAAGAGACAGAGACUGAGGACGCAAAACGCAGCAAAAAGCGCAAGGAAAAGGCUGCAACCAGCAGCAGCAGCAGCAGCAGCAGCAGCAGCAUCAGCAGCAGCAGCAGCAGCAGCAGCAGUGGUUUGUUGAUAGUGAGCGGGUCAAAGGACGGGCUGAUAAAGAUAUGGGAUAUAAACCUGCAGCUCUGUCUAUACACCGCAGUAGAAGCAGCAGAAGCAGCAGAAGUAUGGGCCCUAGCAACCAACUCCUGCUGCACGCGUCUCUUUGUGGGUGGUGGGGACUCUAAGGUUCGUGUUUUUGCGCUGCACCUAACCCCCCCAGCAGCAGCAGCAGCAGGAGCAGCAGCAGCAGCAGGAGCAGCAGCAGCAGCAGCAGCAGCAGGUGUAGAAGCAGCAGCAGAAGUAAGUAUAUGGAGGAUGCUGACUUACAUGGGGUCUGUACACCCCAACAGAAGCAGCAAGAAGCAGCGAACGCGUCAGCUGCAGUUCUUGCCUACGGGCCCCCCUCUCUCAGCAGCAGCAGCAGCAGCAGCAGCAGCAGCAGGAGCAGCAGCAGCAGCAGCAGCAGCUCCUCCUGUCUUAGUAGGAGGCUUGCUGCUGUGCUGCAGCGGGGGAUCCCGUAUCCUAGAUAUCUACCGCUGCUGCAACGCAGCAGAGCAGCAGCAGCAGCAGCAGAAGAGGGAGCGUAGGGCGCAGCAGCGGCUUAAAAAAAAACAGCAAAAGCAGCAGCAGCAGCAGCAGCAAGACAGUGAAGAGGAAGAGCUGCAGCAACAGGAUGAAGACGAACUGCAGCAGCAGCAGCAGCAGCAGCAGCAGCAGCUUGAUGAGGUUCUCUUUGUGGGGUCCCUGCAUGCGGACGCCCCCAUUAAGGGCUUUCACGCUCGGACCGCCCGCAGCAGCAGCAGCAGCAGCAGCAGCAGCAGCAGGGGAGCAGCAGCAGCAAUGCAAGGCAGCAGCAGCAGCAGCAGCAGCAGCAACUUGUGCUUACGUAUUUGUCUUAACCUAAGCAACAACACCAUGGAGAUUUGGAGGGCAAACCCUCAGCUGCUGCGGAAGCACAAACCUUUCGCCUAG